GACAGCAUUUCCACAUUCGUGUUUGACAGCCUCACGUCGAGACGCGCGGUGUUUGGGAAAAAUAAUCGCAAAAAUUACCACCCAGAGCGUCUGAGAGUCAGUGCAAAAGGACAUUAAUCGUGUUGUGCGUGUGCUGGGGCGUCGAUUGGGGGUAUUUUCGGGGUGUUCACCUGUGGCGAGAACUGUGAAAAAUGUGUGAUAAAGUGGCGAACUUGGACGGCUGAUAAUCGAUCUCAAUUUCAUCGCGGUUGACAAAAAAAACACAUCGGCAUUUGGUUUUUGGUGUGGUGGCGAAAAGCAAGCCACGACCUAAGGUGCUUCUGUUUUUUUUUUCUUCCUCUUAUCCUGCCCUGUCCUGCCAAUUGGCCAGACAGCCGGCUAGUGUUGACUAUACCUGCUCGUGCAGGGAAGUCUGUGUAGCGCCCCCACAUAGAGGCCCAAGGGAAAGGAAGAUUCUCAAGAGGAAAAAUCUUCGGGAGAAGUGGAGAAUUUAUUGACCCCGCCGCAAACGCAGAUGACAUUGCCGCUGAUGUGAGAGUGAAAAAAAAAAAGUUCGGUGAAGCACAAGAACAAGGAGAUAAUUUGAUAUUUUUUGGGAAGGAAGGAAAUUGAAUAAUCUCAUUAAUAAUUGAAUUUGAUACAGUGAUUGUGAAGUGAAAGACCUAUAGCUGAAAAGAUAGGCAAUUUACUAAAGAGUAGACACUUAGGGAGUGUUUUUAACUUGGACACGUAGUUUCUGUUGUUUUUUUUUAUUUUUUGGUGUAGUUUAAAUUUCGGGUGGUGAUUCUUGUGCCAAGCAAAGAGAAGAGCGUGUUUUGUGUGUGUUUAGAUGGAGAAAAUGGAGGUCGACGACGUGGUCGAUUUGAGCAUUGCAUCGGGCCGUGACGCGUCGCUGACGAUAACUCAGUCCACGGCACGUGAUUUGCGCGCUUUGACACAGAAUUCGGGAUUGACUAUAACACCAGCACCACCACCAGUUAUCCCUGGUGCUGUAUCAGUGGGUGUUACUUCUGGUGGUGGUGUUGCUCCUGGGAACAAUGGCAGUGGUACAGCAUUCACCACCUCUUCUUCUGCAUCGUCCUCCGUGGCUCAGGAUAAUGCAGUGGUUGGGCAUGAUGCAAAUCGAACGAGACGUGUUCUGCGUCCCCGCACGGAGCCCCGCUCAUAUGCCGAGAGUCCGGACAUCGUGCUGCUGCCGGCUAAAAUAAAUGGUCGUCAACAGAAUGGAAAUAUCGAUUCGGAGACAGAUGACGAUGAUGAUGAUGAUGAGGAAAUGCCGCCCAUUUAUCCGAUAAAGGAGCUGACACCGGCAGAAUUGUGGGAGAGGGAGCGUGGAUUGAGGAAGCUGAGGGAGGAGUUGCGUAAUGAAGAGACAAAGCUGGUGUUGCUCAAGAAAUUGAAACAAUCACAGCAGAUGAUGAAGGAGAAUCUUAUUGUGACACCGACAAAUCUACCAAAUGCUAAUAAUCCACUAGCAGCUAUUCCGGCUGCCCUAACAAAAGGCACUCUCAGUGUUACAACAACAACGGCCAUUCCGUUGCCGGCACAUAAUAAAAAUCGCUCAGCUAUCCUCAGAGGACAACCAACUCCGGGAAGAACCACAUCGGUUCUGCCGCCACCGAGAACAGCAGCACUCCCAGGAGGAGCUACCCUAACACCUGGUCCACCUCAUCGUUCGUCAUUGGGACACACAAGAACCAAUUCGAAUCUCACGAUAACACCAUCCGUGACAAUUACACCUACUAGUGCACCACCGGCUGGAUCUAAGCCACGCAAUCUCACUGUUUCGGAUAAUUCGAAGGUGCCAACGGGCAGUAUCAGCAGUUCAGUGUCGAUUACCCCUGCACCGUCUAUACCUUCUAAUUCAGGAGACCAGGUAGCAAAGAGUGAUCGAUCGACGCCACGAGAUGAUGGACAAACACCAGCACAGAGGCAAGCAGCAGCCAAAUUGGCCCUGCGGAAACAAUUGGAGAAAACUCUUUUGCAGAUUCCGCCGCCAAAACCGCCACCACCAGAGAUGCACUUCAUCCCAAAUCCCAGCAAUACAGAAUUUGUGUAUUUGCUGGGACUUGAGCAUGUUGUGGAUUAUCUGACGAAGGAGAAAAAGGGUCCAAUGGCGUCACAGCCCUUCCGGUGUGCACAAUGCAAAAUCGAUUUCACACCUGUUUGGAAAUGGGAGAAACAGGGUAAAAGAGGAAAUGAUGCUACUUUUGUCAAAGACAUUUCAGCUGGUAAAGAUCCAAAAGUAAUUUGUGAGCAGUGUGUGACGACGAAUGUUAAAAAGGCGCUAAAGGCUGAACACACGAAUCGCCUGAAGACAGCCUUUGUGAAAGCUCUGCAGCAGGAACAGGAGAUUGAGCAGCGUCUGUCCACGCAGAGUAGUCCAUCACCUGUUGAGACACAUGCGGCUAGUGUUGUGAGUACUCCAGUGGCGCCGCCGCCGCCUCCACCGCCGGGUCCAGUGCCGACCAAGUCGCAGACACCGACGCCCACAGCGACACCCACUCCUCGACCAACUCCUACACCUCCAAGUCAGCCGACUCCGCCACCGGCAAGUUCAAGUCGAUCUUCGAGACAUGACUCACAAACAUCAAAUGCAUCGCAGUUUGAUAAAUUUCCGGCCGCCCAGCUUGGUGCUUUCAGCAAUCUUGCCAAUUUGAGUAAUUUAGGAAAUCUUGGAAAUCUAGGAAAUCUAGGAAAUCUGGGUAAUUUGGGUAAUCUCGGAAAUCUUGGAAAUCUCGGCAAUCUGGGAAAUCUGGGUAAUCUAGGAAAUUUGGCCAAUACUCCGACGGGAGCUGCGGCCAUGCAAGCUCUCCAGCAGCAGUUCUUCAGAAGUUUACAGCAAGGACUCGCGACCGGAAACGUUCCAAGCCAUAUGAUGCAGUUUACACCCUUUCUGUACUCCUAUCAAUUCUUAAUGGCUCAAGCGGCACAAGCUGCAGCUGCUGGUAAAAAUACCAGUUUGGCGGACAUCCAGAGAGCUGUCGAUAUUCGGCAAUUCUUCAUGGAUAUGAAUUCACCUCAGCCUCCGGGUCCGAGUAACAAUCGUCAAAACAAUUGGAAAACAUAAGUUAAGUUCGUGAAUUUUUCUGAGCUGUGGAUGCCCAAAAUGGUAUGAGAAAAUUCAUCUUAGAAUCCAUUUCGUUUUUUUUUUUAUUUAAUAAUUCUAAUUUUAGAAAAAUGUUUUUGUUAGACAUUUUUCCUCUUUCGUCUCAAAUUCAAAAUAAAUUUCAUACAUUCACUCAAGUGCUUUAGUUUUUCGCGUGUUCUCAUUUUUAAAAGAUUUUAUUAAUUUUUUUUUUUGAAAAAUCAGGGAAAGUUUGAUUUUCUCUUUGGUUUUUUUGUAAAUGGGAAAAGUUUAAAGUAAACUUUGAAAAUUUAUUUAAAGGCAAUUUCUAUCAUUGCAUUUUUAUUUUGGAAUCUUUGUAAAAUAAAGAGAAAGAAAAAGAAAAUGUGCGAGUGAAUGUUGGAUAAAAAUGGCGUAAAGUGAGGCGUAAAGUGUAAAGAAGAAGAACCCAAGAUUUUCUUUGGGUUGAGGAAAAUAUUUAAUGGAAAAUGGGAACACAAAAGUAAAUUAAAAAAAGAAGAAAUUUUGACACAAUAUUUUUGCACUCAAAAUAUUUCCUGUACAUUUCGUUUUUUUUUCGUUUUAAAUUAGUUUAAUCAUAAAUUAUGGUAUUAUUAUUUUGUUUUUGACGUUAAGAUAGAGAAUUGAGAGUUCCAAGGUCGAUUGAAAGAAAGAAAAAAAACUUUCAAACUCUGCAUUACAACUUUUUCUUUUGCGCCAACAAGAACCGUUUAAUAUAGAAAAAAGAGACUUGUGAUAACUAUGAAACAAAUGCAGCAAAUUUUCAUUUCUUGUGGUUGUUCCAAAAAUUAAAAAAAGAAGAUUUUUUUCAAUAAAACUCAAUGUAUACAAUUUGGAUAAAAAUAGUAAAUAGACUUAAACUGAACGGAGAAAAAACAGAAAGAACCUAUGAGAUGCUACAACUAAUAAAGUAAUAGAUAAAAAUUUGUAUUAUAAAAAAAAUAAAGAAAGCAAAAAAAAAGUAACUGAUAAAAUAGACAAAAUUUCUUUAAAUAGGAAUUAGUAACGUCAAUUAUUGAAUUUAAAUGAAAAUUGAAGUGAGAAAAUAUUGGAAAGUUUUUUGUAAAAUGUCUUUUUUCGUUUUAGUGAAUUUUUGGAACUAAUAUUGCGUUUUGCAAUUUUUUUCGAGUAUAAUGGGCCGUGCACAAUUCUUUUUGUUUUGUAAAUCAUGUUUUCGGAAAAAUUCGUAUUUUGAGUGAGAGAGAGAGGACUAGAACUAGAUUUUUCUCCCUCACUUCAAUACGUAAUUUUUUUAGAAAAAUAUAUUUACAAAACCAAAAUUCUUGUACAAUUGCUCUUAUUUCGGGAUUUUCUUUAUUAGAUAACAAAGAAAAACAAUACAAAUUAUUAAAGACAAAAUUACACCGAAAACACCGAUAAAAAAAACUAAAUUUAACAUGGAAUUGAGUGUCUUUGUUAACAAAUUUAUAUUUAAAAAAAAAAGGUAAAAUGAAACAAGAGACGAAAAAAAAUUUAAAGAUAGAAAAAAUGACACUUUUUGGCAAGAAAAAAGAAAAAAAAUAGAUAAAUCGUAAGAAAGGAACUACUUGUAAAUAUUGAUGGUUAGUUUUUAAGGCAUUUAUUCGUAAAGAAAAAAAAGAAAAGAAGUAGAAAAAAUAUGAAAAUCUCCAUCGAAAAUUUUUUUAAAACUGUAAAUACUUCAUUUUUUGUAUCUGACUGAAGAAAUAUAAAAAAAAAAGAUUUUAAAGCAAUUUCACGAGAUAAAAAAAUAGCGAAAGAUAAGAGAUAAAAAAAAAUCGCGUUUAAAAUAGAUAAAAAGUAUGAAAGAAAAAAAAUCAAAUACUUAUCACAACUUUUUUGUCGUACAGCAGAAUUUGCAUGUAAAAGGAGAUAAAAAUAAGGACAGUAUAAAAAUAUUCAAUUAAAGAAAAAAAAGAAACUAAUAUUUAGGGCUAGAGCUGAAGAAUUGGAUGAAUGCGUGGUCUUUUUUUCUAAAAAAAAAAAUCUAUAAAAAAUAAAACACAAAAGAAAAAACACUAAGAAUUCCUAUGUAAAUUGAUGAGUGACUAUAAAAAUGAGAUAAAUUUUCAUAGACUUUUCCUCGCUGAUGUAAAAGAGAGGAAACUCAAAUGAAGACGGUAACUAAGAAAAAAAACAUGAACUAAAUGAACACAGACACACAAAAUUUAUAGGUGUAUGUUUCCGGUUUUUCCUUCCACUUUUGUGUGCUAUUUUCAUUCUUCAUCAAAGAAAGAAGUAAUAAAUUUGUAGUUGAUUGAA